AAUUUUCAUAUUUGUAAAAAAAUGGUUUGAAAAAGUAUUAAAACGGAUGAAAUGAAAUAUAAAUUAUUGCAGGGUUAAGCGUAAGCAAUAUUUAGUAUAGCGAGUAUUUGACUAGAAUCUAUUUUAUGGACACAUUUUUUUUGUGUUUCUUUUUUUUUUUUUUACUAUGCAACUUAAUGAUGUGUGUGCAUGUAUAUAAACCGCAGCAAUUACUUUAUUAAUACACAGUUAGCUUUGUGGCAUGCCAUACCAGUAUUUACGUGAAACUUAUUUUAAAAUAACGUACAUUUUAAAUCAUCAACGUAGUCGACGUAGUUGUUGCUUCGUGUAAAUAAUAAUAUAAUAACAAAAAAUAAAAAAAAAAAACAGAAAAGCAAACGAAAGUAACAAAAGUAGAUGUGUGUGCAUAAAUUUUUACUAUGUUAACCCCAAUCCCCACUGCUGUCACUGUAGAAAACAUGUAAUUGUUCGUAAUGUGAAUUUAAAUGAAAAGAAUUCUUUACGUAGUUAAAAAAAAAAAAAAAAAAAUCAAUAUUUGAGUUAAUUUACUGAACUGCAAAAUAAUACUACAUUACGGCGCACAGGACAAUGCACUGAGCAGAUGAUCAGCCACUUUGACGGGUAAACUCUAAUGAAUUGAUUGAUUCUCAAUAAACUAUUGUGAUUAUCAUGAGCAUACAAAUACAAUGAAAAUAAGAAGAUUUUCGUAUACGUAUUUCUCGCAGCCGAUGAAGCAAUGAAGAACAAAACAUUUUAAGUUAACAUUUUGCACAUUGCUUACUUAAUAAAGCAGAUACACUGAAUGCUUUGCUAAUCCCAUAUGCUAUGUGAAUAUAUUUAUAAACUACCAGCACACAGAAAAUGCAUACACAGCUUGUUGGGCCGCUGUUGGGUAUAAUUUUAAAUGUUGUUAUACAAUGUGUUGAGGCGAAUCUGACCUUAGGCUUCAAAGCAACCAAGAUUUCAGGGAAAUAUAAACCAGCAAACUGCAAUGUUGCAAAUACAACAUAUGCUCACGGCGAAACAUUUAAAUUGGAUUGUAAAACACAAUGUGUUUGUGAGAAUGGUCGCCACGCUUGCUCGUCGUUAUGCCCGAAAGAACAGUUACCGGCACCAGAGGAUACUAUAUCAUGCCGAUCGCCCCGCUUAGUGGAAGUGCCAGGCCACUGUUGCAAAAUGUGGUUAUGCGAAAAUCCAAUAGCCGAUGUAUAUGCCACCUGCCAUAACUCCUCCAGUAGUCCGUGGACUCCAUGUAGCAACGCGUGCGGUCUGGGAAUAUCAACACGCUUUACCACCACCACAGCUGGUUGCAGUCAAUUGAACAAUUUACGUUUAUGCGAGAAUCGUAAAUGUGUUAACACGAAUAAUAGAAGCGAAGUUCAAACAAAUAAUAAUAAUAAUAAUAAUAACAAUAACAGCAAAAUGCGUAGCAAACACAGAAUUUUACACAAUUUAAUUUUAAGUAGCGACGAUAAAAAUGGCGAAAAUUAUGAUAAACCCCAACAUAAAAUAAGGAAAGGUCACGAAUGCCGCAGCCUGCAACGCUUGGGACCGGCGCGUGUUCGUUUAGGUAAAUGCGUCUCAAGGAAAUUGUAUCGUCCGAAAUUAUGCGGACGUUGUCACGAUAUACGCAAAUGUUGUGUGCCUUCAGUAUCGACUACUAUACAGGUGGAAUUGCUGUGUCCUUUGAAUGCCAUUGAUCCAAUUAGCUAUGUUGAACAGCAACAACGACAGCAACAUCAUCAAGGAUUUUUGCAUGGUCCACAAGCAGCGGUCACACCGCUUUGGGACACCCGUUCCCUCGAACCCAUCGAUCAGGAAUUUUUACAAUCGCAUCAAAUACAAAUUGAAAAUAAAUUCAUUGCUGUCGAAUGGAUAUUGAAAUGUGAAUGCAAUGGAAACAAAAAUUGUCACAACAAUGUUGCGGCUAAUACCACUACCAACCAUCAAACAAUUAACAACAUAAAUAAACAAAAUUACAAUAAUGACUACAAUGAAAAUUUCGACAACACCAAUGAUGAUAAUGAACAGCAGCUGUCACAAGGAGAAUACCAGCAGCUACAGCAUUUAGUCAACAAACCAUAUGAUGUCUACGCCAAUAACUAUGGCAACAAUGAGAACGGCUAUGAGGAAAGGAAAAUUACUGGCAUUAACAAGAACCACCACAACUAUAAAAGUUAUCAACAGAAACAAAAACAAAAACAACAACAACAACGUCAACGUCAACAACAUCGUCAAUGGCAACAUCACCAAAAGUGGCAAAAUGAAUGGCGACAACGACAGUGGUCGUCAUCAGUUUUAGAGGAUGAAACUCAACCAGACAUUAUACCAUAUCCGCUACCAUUGAAAACAAACGUAGCAUUGACAAAAAACCGGUUUAGUAAAGCUAAAAAAGCAUUUGAAAAUAAAGGCAAAAUAACGAAAGGAAUGAUUAAGCAAGGGUCUCUAAAAUAUCAACAACAACAACAACAACAACAAGAAAUGCAAAAAGAAAUAUCUCACUCUACAUAACAAUAUAAUAAUAAAAAGCAUAAGCGACCAGGGCAGCAAAAAACACGACAGAAUAGAAAUCAGAAGCAGGGGCUACGUAGACCAAAGGAGGAGCAUCAUAAACUAAAAUAUCACAACAACAGGAAAUAGAAUACC